AUGAUGGAUGAAAACGUCAGUAAUCAAGAUUCCCAACAUUUUGUUAAAAUGAAGUCCAAUUUAAAAGACGAAGUUAAAAAAGAAAUAUUAAAUAAUCUUAAUAUAAGAAUAGGUAGUGACAUAAAUAAUUUAGUUAACGCAUAUGAAAUUGAAAAUGAGCUGCUGGUGAAAAGAACGCACCUAGAAAGCUGUUUGCAUGCUGCAAGUGAUGAAGUACCAACAAAAUUAUCAUCAGCUAUUAAGAAAGCCGAACGAAAUUCUAAACAAAUAGAUGCAAUCAGAGAGAAAAUGGAUGUGCUUGUUAAAAAAGUAGACAAAUUCUUUAUAAAGACUCAGCCAUUAAUUACAGAACUUGAUAAAAGAUUUUCAGCUAUACAUAAGCUUGAAGAAGUACUAGCUUAUUUUCAGUCAUAUGCUAGAAUAGAAGAACUCAGCAACCAAAUGAAACAAUGUAAAGAUGAUGAACAACUUGUAGCUUUGUAUUCAGAAAUGAAAGACAUGUGUAAUAGCAAUCAAAAAGCUCAUAGAGAUGCAUACAUCAAAGAGUACACUCAUUAUUGGCAUAAUGUUCUAAAGGACAAUCUUACAAGACAUUAUGAAGAAGUUCUAAAGUUACUUAAAUGGCCUUUUGUCUCAGCGGCUGAAAAUUCACCACCACCAAAAGAAGUGAUGAAUAAAUUCAGUAAUCUUACAAGAUAUCUAUUUCUUAUACAAGAGCCUAAGGAUGCCAUGGUUGAAUCUGUUUCAUGCGAUUUAACUCAAGAGCAACAUCCAUGUCUGCCAGUCAAAGUGCUAUUAAAGCCAUUAAAAAAAAGAUUCACAUUCCAUUUCACUGGGUCUCGGCAAACUGCCCGUAUUGAUAGACCUGAAUGGUUCUUGACUCAAACUUUAACAUGGAUUAAAGAUCAUCAAAACUUUGUCAAGAACAAUGUACAGCCAAUAGCAGAAAAGCUUGAUAUGAAUCAUACAAAUACUGUGGAGGAGUUCAAUAUGGGCUUAAUAGCACUAGCUGCAGAGAGACUACACACGGUAUUAGCAAUCUAUCACACCCAGGGGUCUAAAGGGGAAAUAAUCGACGUGGACGCGGCAUUUGCACACGCAGUAGACGAAACCUUGGGAUUUCAAAAGGAAUUGACUACAAUAACUGAUACUGAAGUUAACAGUGUUCUUACAGUUCUCACUAAAGCUGAGACUUUUGUGCGGUGGUUAGCUGUGGAGAAAAAAUAUGCCUUAGCCAAAAUGGAUGAAACUCUAGACAACGAGCAGUGGAUAGAAGCGGUGGCAGCAGGCGUGGGGUCGGCGGUGGGCGCGGUGGUGUGGGUCCCGCGCGGCGCGGACUGGUUCAUAGCGCUGUUGAAGACCAUCGAAGAUAGAUACGCUAUGUUGCCUCAACCUGGACAUAGGCUACAGUUUCUAGAGCUCCAAUUGGAGCUGAUCGAGGAAUGGCGUAUACGUCUAACGCAGUUGCUGAACGCGGCGGCGGCCACGCUCAAGCCGGAGAGCUUCCUCGUGGCGGGCCCGCACCCGCUCAUUGCCGUCAUCAACGCGGCCCAUCACACUAUGACGGUCUUGUUGCAGUGGGCACACUCUUUGCAUUACCUCCAGUUGCAUUACUACCGGCGACAGUUCCAACACUUCACUCAGCAACAGCACAGGGACGAGGAGAGUGACUCGUCCACCAGCUCUGAAGAUGAUGAGGACACUGAGGAUGACACCACUAAACAAACGUACAAAGAUGGAGAGGAAGUGGAAGAAUGUAUAUCUUUAAAUGAGGUUGAAGUCAGCGCAAAAAAAAUGGCCUUAAAUGAAAUGACGAGAAGAACCUCGAUAAUUGAAUCGAGUCAAUACGAUAUUACAUCCCCAAUAGCGAAUUUAGCGGUUGCAGAGCCUCUAACAGACGAGCUGCCGGAAGACGGCGGAGUGUUCGCGGACGCGCCCGCGCUGUUGGGCCAUUUGCGGGACGAGGGCAUCGCCGCGCUGUCAGUACAUAUCAUGUUGGAGUUUAAAGCCACCAUACGUGAUUAUAAGAAACAGAAAUGGCACGCGAUGCUGACGCUGGAGGAGCUGGCGCUGUCGGUGUCGGGCGCGCUGUGCCGGCCGCUGGCGGCGCUGGGCGCGCGCGCCGCCGCCGCCGCCGCCGGCCUGGCGCCGCGCCUCGCCGCGCCGCUGCGCGCCAACCUCGCCGCCAGCGUCGACGACUACCUGUUCGAGGAGGUGGUACUAGAGAGCUGGUUCAACACGGGCGGCACGAUACAGCUCACUCACGACGUGAAGAGAAACCUCGUGCCGGCGUUCGCGCCGCCUAACAAAGUCGCGUCACAACUGAACCAAUUGCCUAAACUUCUCGAGGCAUGUAAACUCUUAAACAUGGAUUACGACGACGCUCGACGUUUACGUUCGCAACUAUCGAAGGAAACGAACGAGGGUAUCGAGUCGUUGAACAAUCUUCAAAUAGAGCACAUACUGCCGUAUCAGGCGUUACGUAUUCUGAACCAGAGGACUGAUCUGCGUGAGGCAUCCUCACCGUCUUCGGUGAUGGAAUUAUUU